UCUCAACAUGCUGAUAUUGUCGAGGAAUCAUUGUCAUUGCUGAAGAAAGAUGAAGAUGUGCAUGUCAUUCGACUUAACACAACAUUACCCACACUCCACGAUAGAUCUUUACAGUGGCUCAUCAACGGUUACCAUGCUAUCAACAAGCCUGACGUAGUCAAACAGUCAUUUUUUCAGUGCAAGGCUGGCACAGCAUUGAACCUCUCUUUUGAGAGCCACACCAGUCGUGAAGCACUUCAUGCACUGUGUGAUGUGCAGAAAAAUGACACCAUGACUUGGGAGCGUAUCAAAACAGCUCAAUACAAGACCCCCAAUGCUGGCAAAGAAGUAGAGCCACCUUUCCCACAUGCCAUGGAUGUCAAGCUUGAUCCUAGUGAUGUUUCUGUGGAUACUGUUCUGCAACACAUUGCAUUGGGUGAAUCAUCUGUCCCUCAUGGCUAUAGCGCUGACGAAUUGGGCAAUUUGCUGGUAGACAACAAGUCAGAGAGCUAUGAGCGAGAAGUGCUAGAUGACAUGACAGGGCUUCAAUCUAUGGCUGAUGGGUCUAAGGAGGUUGAGGCCAAGGGUCGUGGCAAGCAGAGGCAUGUUGCAAACACUCAGUACAAAAUGUUUUGGAUGCAUUAG